AAUGCCAACAGAGUCGCCAGAAGUGCCUCGUGGGGAUCUGUUUUCUUCUUGAUUACAACAGAUAUUCUUGGCCCAACUAGUGCACCGUUCGCUAUUAAAGAGCUUGGAUAUGUACCUGGAACCUUACUUUUCCUAUUGUUUGGAAUUGCUGCUGUCUACACAGGUUUUCUUAUUUGGAGAAUGUAUUUAUCCUUGGACUCUGACAAGUACCCUUUGAAGAGUUAUGGUGAUCUAGUUGGAAGAGUUUGUGGUGAAAAGAUCCGAUACGCAGCUGAUCUUCUUCAAAGUCUUCAAUUGCUAUGCAAUGUUGCAGUUAUUGUGCUUGGUAAUGGGCAAGGUCUCUCUCAAGUCACUAAAGGCAAAGGUUGUUAUACAAUUUUAAUUUUAGUCUGGGCACUUGCUGGAAUGAUUGUCGGUCAAAUCCGUACUUUGCAGAAGUUCGGGUUUUUAGCUAAUUUUGCUAUCUGGUUGAACGUUUUUGUUAUCAUUGCAACUAUGGUAAGUGUUGCUCAUAUGGCACCAAAUUAUGCCGCUAACCCAGGAGUACCAAUUGGUCCAGUGAUCACUAAAGCUGUUGUGAGCGGUUCAGGAACGGGCCAGUUUUCCAAUCAAUUGGUUGCAUGUAUGAACAUUGUUUACUCGUAUGGAGGCGCAAUUGUUUUCAUCGAGUUUAUGGCCGAAAUGAGGAGACCAUAUGACUUCUGGAAAGGUAUGAUCUUGGCACAAUCAUUUAUUUUCAUUGUUUAUCUCAUUUAUGGAUUAUUCGUUUACUCUCAAUUGGGUCAGUUUGUUGUUAAUCCAGCAAAUCAAGGAAUUAGUGGAUAUGCUAUGCAGACGGUUACCAACGUUUUUAAUUUUGUUUCUGCAGUUAUUGCGGCAGCACUUUAUGGAAAUAUCGCUAUUAAAGUUAUUUUCAACACAUGUAUUGAGAAAACUUUCCAUGUUAUUGCUCUAUCUGUCCAAAGGGUUAUUUGGACCGUCAGCGUUGUUGUAUACUGGGCUCUUGCAUUUGUGAUAGCUUCAGCCAUUCCCCAAUUCUCGGCUUUGACGUCUCUUGUUGGUGCUGUGUGUAUCUUGCAAUUCACAUACACAUUUCCACCAUUAAUCAAAUUGAUAUUUGACUUGAGAAUUUGUGAUCUUGAAAUAAAUCAAGGAACCAGUACUUCUUGGUUCAACAUGAAGAGAAUUUUCAAUGCAUACAAGCCGAAGUUCUUCUUGAAUACCCUCCAUAUUCUCUUCUUUUUAGCUUCAUUAGCCACAGCAGGUCUAGGUAUUUACUCCAGUGCCGAAACUCUCAAAGAGUCCUACUCCAGUGGUGCUACGACCUCCUUCACUUGUAAAUCCCCAAUUGCUUGAUCUAUAUCUUAUACCGUGCUAGUUAUGAUUUACUUGGCCUAAGAAUUUAAUAUUCAAUUUUAAAUAUAUGUAGAUAAAAUUUCCUAGUACUUUAAAAGACUGAUUCAUAGAUCACACACUUCGAAAUACUGAAAACUAAUCUUGCUGCUAUUGGACGAGUUCUAAUAUUGAUUUUUUUAGAGUUGCACUACAUAACAAUAAAUGGCUGC